GAAAGUGAAAAUGCAAAUAUGACGUAAUUUUAUCGAUUUUCAAUUCCACUCCAGAACGAGGCCCGAUGUGUAUUGAUACUGUCGGUGAGUUGUAAUACACAUCUGAAGAAAAACAUGACUGACGGAAUUUCAGGACUUUGAAUGUCCCUGUCACCCCAGAGCCAGAAACAGAAGAGUAUCGACAGUAUCGCUAGAAAAGAAAGGAUGACCCUAUGGUAGUGAACACGUAUAGGAUUAUUCAUUAUUUAUUUUUAAAAAGAUGGCGUCCAGCUCUGUCAGUCAAGAAAGUUUGGACAUUGAGGAUUAUGAGAUAAGCUCCCGGCAAAGUAGGGUGAGGCGUGCCCGGGCCAUGAUGCCGAAAGUUGGGGACGGGUUUGAUCGGGAAUCCCCACGAAAUGGAGAAGGGGGUGGCGACGUCAUUCCGGAGCACGAGUCGCCCUCCCGCUCCACAGCUGCAUCUCGAGCCCGGGACAAAAGACGACCCAACCACUUACAUAAAGGAAAACUGCCUAAAGAUAAACGCAAACUUCGAGAGAAGAGACGCAGCACUGGAGUCGUCAACCUACCCUCCACAGAGAGUACGGGAGACUCCCUAGAUGAUGAGGACGAUGAGGAGCUACUGGAGGCCAAGAGGAAUACUUCAUACAACGAGGUCAUCGACGCUGAUAAUCCGCAGACUCCGGCGGAGAAUCGAGUACCUAGAGCUUUCUCUUCACGAAGAUCAAAUAAAAGCCCAUCAGAUCUGGAGGCUGAUCUUGAGGAUAACCAGGAUUAUGACAGCACCGUCAGCCAGUCAGAAACCAACCUCACCCUGAUCGGGAAGUCCGACUCGAUAGAGUCUUCCAAUCAAAAUGCUAGUCCAAAGAUGGGACAAGGUCGGACCUUCGGCAGGUCCACUAACCCCCCAGAAAUACCCAAGUCUUUCAGAAAUUUUUCACCCAACACCAGCGAAAAUGAAACGAAGACUUCACCGUCAUACUCCUCCAAUUCCUCCUCCCCCUCCUCAAUACUGAACCGAUACAAAUGGCGCAGCCCGGAGGUGUUAAAUCAAGAGAGGGAGUCGACCACCAGUGGUGCAGGAAUAUCUUCCAUUAUCUCUAGAUACGACAGAAAACCCAGCGAAACAGACACAAAUACCUCCACAGGUUACCGAACUUUUGGAGAUAGAUUUCGUAAGGACAGUCCAUUUCAGAGUCAAUUCCGCAGUGUAGCUGCUCCUACGAGGGAAGACCCUGAGAAAGUUAAUCUCAGAAAGAUGUUGGAAAAAGAACAGGAGGAGAACAGGAGGCUGAAACAGAUGUUGGAAGACAGAGACAGGCGGAUAGCGGAGUUGGAGCGCGAGGUUAACAUCCUUAACAAGGACGUUGAGGAGUUGGAUGAUGAAAGUCAGAAACUGCAGCUGGAGAACAGUGCCCUGAUUCGAGCUGUCUCACAGCUGAGUACACGAGUGUGAAGAAUACCAAUCAAACACUCCUCCUACUGCACGCUGCUAAAAAUAGAAUCUACAAGAUUUUCACCGACAUAUCAAUCAGCACUUUCUUGGAUUUACAGAGACCCAGCAAAAAAACUACACAGUGGAAUGCAUAGGAACAAUUUCCCAGCCUUAACCAAAUACUGUUCAUUGAAACUAAAUUUUCAUCAGAUUUUAUAUUUAUUUUCGGCAUUUGAAAUAUUAUUUACAGCAAAUUCCCUUUUUUUUUUAUUGUUUAUAUAUAGAUGUGUGUGUGUAUUUUUUUUGGAGAUAUAUGUUGCAUUUAAUAUGAAUAUUCCCAAACUUGUACGUAGAUUAACAUAUUUCAAUAGUUAUACCUUUACAUUCUGUAACAGUAACACCAACAUCUUAUUUAUUCAAAGUUAUAUUGUGCAUAGAGAGCAUGCUGAUAUAUUUUUGUUAAGUUCGCCGAAUGUUUUUUUUGGCAAUUUGAGAGUUGAUUUUGUAAUAAUGCGGAUACAAAUUCCUAUCACUCUCACCUCUUUAACAAACAUCUCAUGCAAUAUGCGAGUUUACAAAAAUUAAUGAUACAUGUAUACAUACAGUCUAGCACAGCUACUUGCAUUGUGUCUGCAGAUAUACAUUUGCAUUGAUAUAUCUCUGACUAGAUUUAUUCAUUCAUUGUGAUAUGACGUAGGUUAUGAUUCAUUCAUAGCGUUAUUUUCAUGUAGAUGGAGCCUUUUGAAGGUAUUGCUGUAGACAUAUGUCUUACAUUGUAGUUUUCACAUAUCUGGAGUUUCGUUGGAUAUUGGUAUAGCUGAGAGGUGAAUUAGCAUGUUGCCCUGUUGAACGAGCAUUUUCAGUCUUCGUUGUUGGAGAAUUCCUCUUUGAAUGUGAUACCGUUAUUUCCAAGAGUUGUGCUACUAGAUCAGUAUAGACUUUUUUGUGUGGUUUUUGUUUUUUGUUUGGUUGAUAUCACUCCCAUAAACAAGGAAUUUGGGAUGUAAAUAUUGAGAUGGAAAUAUUGUACAUUUUACAAACAGUUACCGCAAUGACGAUAUUGGUGCAUUUUUGUGUAGAUUUUGAAUGACAUGUUAUACAUAAGUUGGUGUUCAUUUUUUAUGAUGUAGUGAUUAUUUUUCAGUUCGUUUUCUUUUCAGUCAUUUGAAUUUGUUUCUUUAAAUGUUAUUUCAGAUUUUCUUGUGAUAUUUGUAAUUGAGUUUGCAUCUUUUUUAUUGGCAAGUAGAACAUGUAAAUGUAUACUAUUGUUCCAAUAGCAGUGUGUCAUUUCUCUUGAUCGAGUAUAUGCAAAUUUCGCUCACAGGUUGGCUGUAUAAUCUGAAUAAAAGUGAGUUUGGAUGACCACGCUAAGCCAUUCUUUCAAUGUGGUCGGUCAUUGCAGUGGUUUUUUUCUACCCAUUGGUACUGGUACCGGUACCCUUUCAAUUGGGAAAAAUUGCGUCAAAAUCGAACAAAUUGGGAAUUUUCUACCAAUGUAUCGGCAAAUGAUUUCAACUAAAAGAAAAGAAAAAAUGAGAACAAAACAAGAAGUAUUCAUCUCUUUACAAACUAUUUUAUGAUAAUAUUUGCUGUUGUGAGACAUAAGGAAUCAUUGUAGGCUCCUAUUAGAAUUGUUGUAGCUCUACAACACGUCCACUGCCAUGAUCUGUACUUUCGAUUUAAUACAGGAAGUGAACAUUUUAGUUAACUUGUACAACGUUUCAGACUUGAGUAAAUUACGAUGUCAGCGGUCUAUAUUUCGGCAAGUGAAAAUGGAAUUUUUAGUCUCAAAAUUGGGAAAAAUCAAUGGUUUUUGGCAUUGGGAAUGGUACUGUUUAUCGGUACCAGUUACUGUAAACGUAUUAUAUUUGGUGUGUACGAUAUUUGGCGGAAAUCGUUUUUUCAACAAGUUAUCGUAGAUUUGAUUUAGCGCAUUCCUGAAUUACUUUAAACAUCUAGAUUUACGGAUGGCAUUUAGCGAUGUACUUGAUUUAGCGGAAGCUGCGUUCCGCCAAAGGCGCUAAAUAGAAUACACAGCCAAAUGUAAUACAUUUACAGUAUAUAAGGGGGAAAAAACGCUGCAUUGAGAACAAAAAGUGAAAACUGUUUUAUUGAAAUUUAUGAGAAACCUGGCCUAAAAGUUUGCACGCUCGAUCAAGCGGAGUGACAAGCUGGUAUCAGAAUGAUAGUAGAUGUAUUUGAAAGUGACAUUGUGAAGGAUAUGUGCUGUAAAUGUAUCACAUUUGACGCUUACAAAAUUUAACAAAAAUUUAAGGUUUUCCAUGUUUAGCUUGGAUUUGGUUGAACAUUUUUUUGCAGCAAUACAUGUAAACCAAUGAAAAUAGACAUUAUGCAUUGUACUUGACUUACCAAAAGUUUCCUCCACCAAAGACACGAACUAAGACAUGAAUUUUACUUUUGUAGAUACACGAGGGUAUGAACUGUGACACAUCACGCUGCCAUACUUCAUAAAGCACAUGAGGGCUUCAUUAAAGUAUGCCAAAUUUGAAGUGUUGAAGUUCAUACCCUUAGACAUGUGUUUUCAAAGAUGAAAUUUUUUUCUUAUAUUUACAUUCUUCGUUCAUUUCUGUUGUAAUUCCCAGCUGUUGAAAUAGACUUGCUAUAUUUAUCAAGUAGUUCUGUAUUCAUACGCCUGUUGUUUAUAACUGCAGUCAGUGUGUUCAUGAGGAAAUGGCUAUCAUUGUAAAGAUAUCCAAGGCUAAAACUUUGAAAAUGUAGUUGUUCAAGAGUGCACUGUCAAAUGUAAUGCAUUUACUGUCUAUGAAAGCACUAUACAUUGUAGCAAUGUAAUUGAAAGUACAUGUAAGCUGGCAAAAUCCCCCAGAAUAUGAACCAGGCAGUGAUUUGAAAUCAGCGUCUUUUGGUUUUUUUUUCUUAUGUAGAUAUACAUGAACAAGUUAUGAUAAAGCAUUUAUAAUUACAAAAAGUAGUGUUGCACUAAAUCUUUUGUAAAAGCAAAAUGUUACCUUUUUAAUGUGGCAGAGAUAAUUGAUACCCAGGACUAAUGAUUGUGAUUUCAAAUUUUUUGUUAGAAUUAUCUCCCCUUGUAGAAAUUUGAAGAAAAAACAAAACUGAAAUAUCUUCAUGCUUUGUUUGAUAACCUAUACUUUUUUCUGCAUAUUUUAAAACGCCAUUAUAACAUAGGCCUUUUCACCUUGAGCUUUCUUUAGAAAUUAUAUUUUGAUAUGGCAGAAAUGUAUUUUUCACAGAGAGUACUGUUAGUUGACUAGAUGGAUUUCAUUAUACAUCUUAUCAAUUUUGAAUAUUAUUUUGGUGAAUCACUUUUUGUGUUGAUUAGCUUUGAUUUGAUACUAAGAUUUGGAUCACAUACAUGUGUAACAUUCAAUUGUUGAAAAAUUGGGGUAUUGUGGAUCGGAUAUUUGUAACAUUUUGAUUGAAAAACUGGUUUUGAAAAAUAUACACAAGGCUUUUAAUAUUGUACAUUUUUUCGUUUGUAACAUGCAUUGUAAUAAUUUGAAUCUUGUUUUCUGGUGUGUUGGGUAACACAGCUUCAUCGACCAUGACAACUUUUUAGAUGACCUUAAAUGAGCCAUGCUUGUUUUGUAAUGCAGAACCUUGGAUAGAGAUGCGCAUGAUUUGGUGCUUUCAUACAUUCAUGAACUUCAAAAUAUUCUUCAAAAAAAUUUAUGGGCGUAAAUUUUUUUUUUUUUUUUUUUUUUACAGCAAAACAAUUGCAAAUGCUCGACUUUUUAAGAAUAUUACGUGCUCCUAAAACGUGUAAUGGUAUAGAAGGAGAACUAUGAUUAUGCUGACUGGUCAGUGUUAGUGGUACUGCUCUGACGUGCUGUUCAUCGCCCCACACUAUACUAAACCAUAAAAUCAUUACAAUAAAUACCCCACUUGGUGCAAUAUAUACUUUCAUGAUGCUAACAGUAUGCUAAAAUAUCAUUUAAAAUCCAGUUUUAGUUGUAUAUGUUCUGUCGGAAGAUGGAGAGAGAUAUAUGUAGAUAUAUGUAAACAGGAUAAACUGGGGCUGAAGUAUAAGUGGCGUCGCAUACACUUUAAGGCGAUAUAUGUGACUAUUCAACUUCUGUGAGUUGCUCUUUUUUCUCCAGUAGUGCAUGUGCUGUUAUUAUGUGUACUGAGUGGUACCAGUGAAAAUAUUGAGUUAGUCAAACUCAUGUUUGAAGAUGUGACAGUGAAUCCAAUGUUGGAAUUUAAUUUGUUUAUUUUUUAAUUAUGCGUAUGAAAUACAAAUUUUACUUUAUUGUUGACAAUUGUUGUCUCCUACAAGGGGUGUUGUGUUCUAUAGUGAUAGGUAUUAAUAUAUGUAUUUAUUUACAAUAGUGCUUUUGCUCAUUUUUUUUUUUUUUUUUUUUCAUUUUCAUCAGACUAGGAUAAUUCAUCACAUGAACUAAGAAACAUAGAUCUGGGGAAAUACAUUGUGAUAUUAUGUUGGAGAUUGGUGUAUUCUGUGAACUGGUACUGAAAUGGACGAUAGUAUCUAUAUUGUAGUAUUGCUGGUCAGCAGAUGAACUAGCUGUUAAGGAGGAAUGACACGUCAAGCAAAUUUGUCUCAAAUAGAAAAAAAAAGAUAUAUCUGAAAGUUGUGGUAAUGGACUUUUUAAAUUUUGUAUACUGUAAUAAAGAAUUACAAUUUUCAUAUAAAAUUAUGGAGAGAAAACUAUUUUAAGCUUUGUAGGGAUUAAACUUGUGUCCUUUAGAUUGUCAACGUAACGCCUGAAUUCGCUGAGCUAAGCAGGCAAUGUCGGGUUAUGUAUUUUAAAAGAAGAAAAGAUACUGUGCAUGUCUGAAUUUAUCUUAACAUUAAUGGUGUACUUUCAUUCAGAAACCUGUGGCAAUGUGUUAUUUCUCCCUAACGGUAUGUUUUGAUAUUAAAUAUUUCUACUACCAUAAUGUAGCUCAUCCUGCUGUCUAAAAACUGUAAAUGCUGUUCAUUCUCUAUACACUUCUGUGUGGCCAUUCCAUGUUAGUUUCCACAUGCAAGCCCGUGAACUUCAAAAACAUUUGGUGAAGCCCAUAUUCUUGCUGUCCGAAUCUUACUAAUUACUUUGUUAAAAUCAAGUUAAUAUUGAUAAUUAUACAUGUAUCAUUUCACGGUUGUAGAAAAGUAUUAUAUUGAAUUUGAUCACUUGUUUCCACCAAAUUAUUUAUGCAUGUUAAUUAUGUAUAAGGGAAGUACAGUGUAUAUAUGUAAUCACUGUUUAGCAGUAAACACACAGAUCUCACCUGAUAACAUUAUCAUAUUUAUGCCUACAACAAACAUGUUUUUUUGCAAUUCGAGGUUGUAUCAGUGAACUGACAUUUUUUUUUUUUUUUUGGUUCAUUCUAUUCUUUUUUUUUCAAGAGAGCUAGUCCUAUAUUUACUGAGAUCAGUAAGAUUUGAUGUCAUUGCAGUGAAAUAUAUGUAUUCAAUAGAUUCAAGAUAGAUUUUGGGUAUCAAUACUUGUGUGUGUAUUAUAAACAAUUUUACAUUCAGAUUUAGGACAUUCCAAUUACUAUUUGUUACACAUAUUUUGUUUACUAUAUUUCAAGUUUACAAUUCGAGUCAUAUCAACAUUUGUUUUGGAAUGGAACUUUACUUUGGGCGUUAUUUGACUGCUACAUGUGCAUUAAGACAUGUUGAAGAGAUAUGCAUCAUUACAGUUACAAAUGUAAUUAAGUUAGAUGGUGAAUAAAAUGAUUUGCUUCUUAUUUCAAACCAAUGUUUGCUUUACAAGAUCAUUGUGCUUAAUGUUGUGACACAGGAAAAUUAAAGACGAAAAGUUAA